AUGGAGAAGCUAAGACAGAGAGACAAAAAUGCUCAUAGCUUAAGUAGGUUCAGGCAGAGGUUUAGGCCCAACACUCAACAGGGGCAGAAGAGUAUUUCCAAACGGGCGCCAAAACCAACAGGCGAAGAAGCUCUCCCCACCUGUUCUUGCGGUUAUUUCAAAGCUGCCUAA